AUGCCUUCCAAGGGUUGCGCAGUGGCCCUCGCCGGUGUUGGCGCGUACGCGGCCGCCCAGGCCUUUGUGGCCCCAGCCGCCCCUCAGGUCCAGGAGCAGCGUCAGGUGCGUCAGUUGAGGCAGCAGGCCACCACCAGCGCCACCUCCUCCACUUCCUCCACGACCGCCCUGGCUCUGGGUGUGGCUGGCAUUGCUGGGGUCGCAGCAGCUGCGCAGGCCGGCAAGCGCACUGAGCGCCGAUGCCAGGUGGUGCGCCAGGCCACUGCUGUGGCUGAGAAGACUUUCACCAAGAUGCCAGCAUCCGUGAAGCCUGGGGUCGUCACCGGCCAGGCGCUGGUGGACUUGCUGAACUACGCCAAGGAGAACGAGUUCGCCAUCCCAGGAGUGAACGUGGUUGCAACCGGCUCCAUCAAUGCGUGCAUGGAAGCCGCCAAGAAGGCUGGCGGACCCAUCAUGGUCACCUUCUCUCGCGGAGGCGGCCAGUUCAUUGCUGGCAAGGCCGCCGACAACACCGAUGAUGCAGCCUGCAUCGCGGGCACCGUGGCUGGCGCCCUCCACGUGCGCCAGGUGGCCAAGCUCUACGGGGUGCCGGUGAUCCUCCACACCGACCACUGCCAGAAAGCCUGGUUGCCUUGGUUCGAUGGCCUCAUGGAGGCCAACGAGGAGUACUUUGAGAAAAAUGGCGAACCGUUGUUCUCGUCCCACAUGCUUGACCUUUCCGAGGAGCCUUUGGAGGAGAACAUCGCCAUCUGCAAGAAGUAUCUGGAACGCAUGAGCAAGGUGGACCUGCUGUUGGAGAUGGAACUGGGCGUCACCGGUGGUGAGGAGGACGGCGUGGACAACACAGAUGUGGACUCCUCCAGGUUGUACACUCAGCCCGAGGAGGUCUGGCAGGUCUACGAGACCCUGUCGUCAGUCCCCAACGGCAAGUUCACCGUGGCAGCGGCCUUCGGCAACGUCCAUGGCGUGUAUGCGCCCGGCAACGUGAGCCUGAAGCCAGUGAUCCUGCACAACACCCAGAAGUUCAUCAAGGAGAAGCUUGGCUGCGACAGCGACAAGCCGGUGUCUUUCGUCUUCCACGGAGGCUCUGGCUCCUCCCUCGAGGACAUCCGAUACGCCAUUGAGGCUGGCGUCAUCAAGAUGAACAUCGACACGGACACCCAGUGGGCCUUCUGGGACGGCAUGAACGACUACCAGAAGAAGAACAAGGACUACCUCCAGGCCCAGAUCGGCAAUCCCGAAGGACCGGAGAAGCCCAACAAGAAGUACUACGACCCUCGCAUGUCCCUCCGGGCCGGCGAGGAGUCCAUGGCCGACCGGUUGGUCAAGUGCAUGGAGGACCUCAAGUGCGUCGACCGACUUUAG